AUGAAGUGCCUCUUCUGGAACAUAAGGGGCAUUGCUAAUAGCUCUUCUAGGCUGGCUUUAAAGAGACUGAUUCAAAGUAACCAUCCGGAUUUCGUGUUCAUUGCGGAGCCGUGGAUGGAUUUUUGCAAUUUUCCUCAGAACUGGAUGUCCAGGUUUGAUCUUAAAGUUUUUGCUUUUAAUAAAAGGGAAGGCCUUCUGCCCAACCUUUGGUGUUUUUGUAAGUCUAAUCUAAACCCUACCAUUCUUGCUGUUGACGAUCAACAUGUUACUUUUUCUGUUAGUAUUAAUAGUAAAGUUGUUAACAUCUCUGCUGUUUAUGCGUCUACUUGUUACACUGCUAGGAGAAUUUUGUGGAAUAAUCUUAAUAAUCUGAUAAUCAACUCUAAGACUCCUUGGACCUUUUUAGGAGACUUCAACGCUAUUAUUAGUGCCGACGAGUACAAAGGGAAUCAUACUCCCUCUAACACUCCUAUGCAUGAGUUCUUCCAAUGGUCGGAUUCUAACCAUCUAAUCCAUCUUCCUACGGUUGGAAAUAUGUUCACAUGGAGUAAUGGUAGAAAGGGGAGGCACCUCACUGAGAAAAGACUCGAUAGAGUCAUUUGUAACUUGGACAUGAUGGACACUUGUAAUACUAUUGUCUGUCAUACUCUAACUAGGGUAAAAUCUGACCAUUAUCCCAUUUUCUUCACCUGUAAGUGGGACAACAUUAGUUACAAAUCCCAAUUUAAGUUUCUUAGGAUGUGGACUUUAAGUAAUGAUUGUGAGAAAGUCAUCAAGGAGGUUUGGAACACUAAGGUCUAUGGUUGUCCCAUGUAUGUGCUUGAUAAGAAGCUUAGGAUCCUUAAGUGUAAGUUAAAAGAGUGGAACAAAGUUUCUUUUGGUGAUGUUAAGAUUAAGGUUCGUAAUGCUGAAAACUCCUUAAACGAUAUUCAGCAGAAUAUCAGCAUUUCUGGCUAUUCAGAGAGGCUGCAAAUUGAUGAAGUCAAGGCUCAGCAUGAGCUGGAAAAGGCCCUCUGUAUGGAAGAGGCCUUCUGGAAGGAAAAAGCGAAUCUGAAUUGGCAUAUUGAUGGAGACAGAAAUACGAAGUUCUUCCAUACGUAUGCCAAAAUUAAAAGGAAGAAUAAUUUGAUCUCCUCCUUGAUUGUUGAUGAUUCGGUUACCACUGAUCAUAACAUUAUUGAGAACCACCUUGUCAAUCACUUUUCCAAUCUGUUUAAUCAAAAUGCUCAGUUACAGGAUAAUGGCCUCAUUCAUAGAGUCAUUCCUAGUCUUGUUAAUGAGAACACCAAUACCUUGCUCACUAUUACCCCUAGUGCUGAUGAGAUUUAUAAUGCGGUUAAGAGUCUUAAGACUGAUUCAGCCCCGGGCCCUGACGGUUUUGGGGCUUUCUUCUUCCAACAUUUUUGGCACAUUGUUAAGAAUGAUGUUAUCGGGGCUGUCACUCAAUUUUUUCUGCAGGAUUGGAUUCUUCCAAACUACAAUGCUAAUACUAUUAUCCUGAUCCCUAAAACCAACGAACCUAACUCUCUCAAUCAUUACAGGCCUAUAGCUCUGGCCAACUUUAAGCAGAAAAUUAUCUCUAAAAUCAUAGCUGACAGGCUUGCAGCUAUUCUUCCCUCCCUGAUAUCCAAAGAGCAAAAAGGCUUUGUUAUUGGUAGGAACAUAAAAGACUGUAUUUGCCUCACUUCAGAAGCUAUCAAUAUUUUGAAUAACAAGAGCUUUAGUGGUAAUGUGGCCUUGAAAAUUGACAUCUCUAAGGCCUUUGAUACUUUGAGUUGGGACUUUCUUCUCAAAACUCUUAAAUGCUUUGGUUUUUGCAGCAAAUUCUGUAGCUGGAUUAGAACUUUAUUACACUCUGCUAUGCUCUCCAUAGGAUUCAAUGGGAAACAGGCUGGUUAUUUCCAAUGUUCUAAUGGAGUUAGACAAGGGGACCCCUUGUCUCCUCUCCUAUUCUGCUUGGCUGAGGAGGUGUUGAGUAGGGGUAUCUCUAAUCUUGUGGAGAACAAUCUUAUAAACCUCAUAAAAGCCACCAAAACUGCCUUUGUCCCCUCCCACACUCUUUAUGCUGAUGAUAUUAUGAUCUUUUGUCGUGGAGAUAUUAAAUCUAUUACUGCUAUUGCCAAGUUACUCAAUGAUUAUGCUAGUUGCUCGGGCCAAAUUUGUAACACCUCCAAAUCUCUUAUUUAUGCAGGGGGAAUGACUCAAACUAGAUUUAAAUUUUUGGCCGACUUGAUUGGUUUUAAAAUGGCUUUCCCUCCUUUUUUGUACCUUGGAGCUCCUAUUUUCAUAGGGAGAGCAAAACCUACUUACUUUUUGUUUGUUGUGGACAGGAUUAAGUUAAAGCUAGCCAGUUGGAAAUCCAGUCUCCUCUCUAUUGCUGGGAGAUUGCAGCUGGUAAAGGCAGUUAUUCAAAGCAUGGUUCUUCAUAGCAUAGCAAUUUACAAUUGGCCUGGGUCUCUCAUAAAGAAAAUCACUUCCUGGAUGCGGAAUUUUAUCUGGAGCGGUGAUAUGGAAAAGAAAAAGCUUGUGACUGUGGCAUGGAAGCACUGCUGUAACAGAGUUAAAGAGGGAGGGCUUGGCCUGAGAUCUUUAGCCGACAUCAAUUCUGCCUCCAACCUCCUUCUUUGUUGGAAUUUUGUGGAAGGAAAGCAAUGUUGGUCCUCUCUGUUAGCUUCUAGGGUUAAGAGAGGUAACAACUUCAUAUCUUACCAUAUUAAAUCUUCAAUCUGGUCCAGCAUUAAAGAUAGUCAUAAGCAUGUGAUGGAAAACUCUAAAUGGAUUUUAGGAGAUGGUUCUAAGAUUAACUUUUGGCUAGAUCUUUGGCUGGAUGAACCCCUGGCUUCUGUUUACAAAAUACCUGAAAUGUUUCACAAUCAGCUAUCUGUUAUGGUCAAGGACUGGCUCGUGAAUGGUUCUUGGUGCAUCCCUUUGAAUGUGCAAACUGCUUAUCCUACUCUUAUGCCUUUAGUCUCUAAUUUAUCCUUGCCCAGAACUGAUAUGGAGGAUUUUGUGAUAUGGAAAGGGACUGAUUGUGGUGGGUUAUCUAUGAAAGUUGCCUACGAUUUCUGUCAUAAGCUGAGAUGCAGUAGUCCUUGGCCGUAUGACUCCUUCCCGUGGGAUAAGAGGGUCCCUCCCUCCCAUUCCUUGCUUGUGUGGAGAGUUAUGCAUAAUCGUUUACCGACUGAUGAAAACAUGUCUAUUAGAGGAUUCUCUUACACCUCUAUGUGCUCCUUAUGCAAAGAAAAUGUUGAAACUACGGAUCACAUAUUUUUCAACUGCAAGUUUUCCUUAGAGCUUUGGCACUGGUUGAUUGAUAAACUUAAUUAUGCUGGCUCAAUUUGCAGUAUCACUGAUUGCUUGAAUUUGUUGUCCUGUCCCUGGUCUCCCCAAGCCCGUGUGGUGGUUUUAUCUUGUAUUUGCAGCCUGUUUUACCAAGUUUGGAGGGCUAGGAACACUAUGCGUUUUGAUGGAAAAUCUCUGCAUUGGAAGUUUUGCAUUGGAUCGAUUGUUUCCAGGGCUAAGCUUGCCGGUGAUAAUUCUGGUUGUUGCUCGAAUAACUCUAUUGAGAGCUUCAGAAUUCUUAAAGCUUUUAAUAUUGGCAUCAUUCCUAGCAGGCCUUCGAUAUUGAUGGAUGUUAUUUGGCACCCUCCUCCAAAAGGUUGGAUAAAAAUUAAUGUGGACGGUUUGGCUAGAGGUAAUCCUUCCUUAUCUGCGUGUGGUGGGAUUUUUCGUGAUGAGAAUGCGUGUCAUGUUGGUAGUUUUUCGGAUUUUUUGGGUGAAGGCUCAGCUUUUUUUGCAGAAUUGAUGGCGGCAAUUUUAGCUAUUGAUAAGGCUAGAGUCUUGGGUUGGAAAAAACUUUGGAUGGAAACAGAUUGUAGUUCGGUGGUUAAAGCUUUCUCUGACUCUUCGUUGGUUCCCUGGAAAAUUAGAUCUCGUUGGCUUUUUUGUGUUGCGUACACUCGCAAUAUUGACUUCAUGAUAUCCCAUGUUUAUAGGGAGGCCAAUUUUUGUGCUGAUUUUCUUGCCAACUUAGGUCUUUCUAAUAGUAGUUAUAAUUGGUAUAAUUAUGUGCACUCUAUCUUAAUUAAGGAUUACCUCUUAGACAUGGAGGAUAUCUGUGAUUUGCCGCCAGAGUGUGAGGUGGAAAUUGCCAUCGACCUAGUACCAGGUACGAGCUCGGUGUCAAUGGCUCCUUAUAGGAUAUCUACUUCAGAGCUGAGUGAGCAAAAGAAACAACUAGAAAAGCUGUUAGAAAAUAAGUUUGUUCGUCCAAGUGUUUCUCCAUGGGAUGCACCAGUGUUGCUAGUUAAGAAGAAAGACGACAGUAUGAGGUUCUGUGUUGAUUAUAGGAAACUGAAUAAAGUUAUUAUCAAGAACAUGUACCCUAUUCCGAGAAUUGAUGAUCUGAUGGAUCAAUUUGUGGGUGCUUGUGUGCUCAGCAAUAUAGAUUUGAGUUCUGGUUAUCAUCAUUUUCGAGUGAAACAAUACGAUGUUCCGAAGACCGUAUUCAGAACGAGGUAUGGUCAUUACGAGUAUACUAUAAUGUCGUUUGGAGUGUCAAAUACGUCUAGAGUAUUCAUGGAGUAUAUGAAUAAGAUUUUCCAUUCGUACUUAGACAAGUUUGUGGUAGUGGGUUUUCUCAACCAUGUGAUUUCUAGUGGUGGGAUUGCAGUUGACCUGUCAAAAGUUGAUGUUAUGUUGCAGUGGGAGACUCCAAAGUCUGUUACAAAGAUUAAAAGUUUUCUGGGAUUGGCUAGUUAUUACCAGAGGUUUAUCAAAGCUUAUAUUUGGGAUGUGAAAUGUGAGGAAAGUUUUCGAGAACUCAAGAAGAAAUUGACAACUGAACCAAUGUUAAUUUUGCCGAGUCCCAGUGAGUCCUUUGUGGUGUAUUGUGAUGCAUCAAAUAUGGGUUUAGGUGGUGUGCUGAUGCAAAAGGGUCAGGUUGUGGCUUAUGCUUCUCCACAGUUAAAAGUUCAUGAGAGGAAUUAUCCAACGCAUAAUUUGGAGUUAGCAACUGUGGAUUAUGAUUUUAGCUUGAGUUACCCUCCUGGUAAGGCUAAUGUCAUAGCUGAUGCAUUGAGUAGGAAGUCUUAA